GCAUACUGGACGUUUUUACAUAUGCUCCAGGAUCGUAUAGAAAGAAUGCAUAUGCUCUGCCUGUCAAUAUAAUCAUAAUGUGCAUGAUUUUAGUCAGAUGUAUAUCCGUUGGCUACUUUGUUAUGGGACUGGUCUGGAAGCUCCAUACGGGACUAAUACAACACAGCUGGAUUGCCAUCCUUGAUCGACUGUGGGUCGGAAACCUUAGACUCGGCAUGACAGUCAAUGCUCUGGUGUUGACCUCCGUGUCUCUAUUUCCAGUAUACGUCAUUUCCUGUGGCUUGGGGAUGUUGGGAAUAUUCUGUAGAAAAAGGAUAUUUCUAAUCUUGUAUAUGCUGUCCUUGCUGUUUUUCCUUGUUGCAGACAUCAUAUACAUCUCCCUAUUUAGUAUACUGCUUGAAGGAAUGAAGUCAUCUUCACUUGCUGCAGAUUUCCAGUCAAUUUUCUAUGAGCGUAUUAACUAUCCAGAUUCUGUAAAAGAGGCCAUAGGAGAUUGGAUGGAAAUGUUUUCAAUGAUGGGAUGUUGUGGUAUUACAAGUAACCUGGGAAGUCCAUGGUGCUCGGGUUACGAUUCGACGUGCUGGGAGAAGUUCUCUGCGAGGAUAAUCUCAUAUUGUUCCUCGUAUCUAAGUCUUGCUGUACUUUGCCUUUUGUUAGAGCUGAUCCAGCUUGGUUUCUGUGACAUAAUCUACAGUAAUCUCUCUGGAGAGAAUCUACCAUUUGCUCUGGCAAGAACCUGCUUAUCAAUGAUAAAAACAGCUUGGCAAAGGUCAUGGUCAUGUGUCAUUGCUAAUAUCUGGAGAUUGCUUUCUUGUCUUCCUGCAAUUGGACUCGUGUCUUUGGGUGCAGUGUUGCUCAACGAUAGCCAGAUGAGAGGAUCCUUCGUGGAUCCUAUUUAUGUACAUAUCUACAUCCUGGGACUUAACUUUGUGGACAUCAUCAGGGCUCUUGGGGUUCUAAUGAUCACCCUUGGAGUUUUGGAGUUCAUUGUAAAUAUGUUGGCGGUCAUUGGGGACUGUGUAGUACAAAACAAGACCAAGAGUGGGAUGGUGAUCGUUAUAACAGGUUUGUUGCUGUCCGUGAAGAUUGUCUGGCUUGGAUUGUGUAUAAAGUUGGUCGUUCAGAUGAACGGCGAUCUUCGAAUUCAACUGGCCAAUUUGCUGCGAAGUUUUUCAUAUAUCAGAGAACAAUGGUCGUAUUUAUUUGGGGAA